AUCCAUUGAAACAGAGUCUUUGCCCUUCCUUAAUUGCAUCGAGUCCCAUAUCUUUUCCCUUUUUUCACCUUUUUCCCCACUCUUAAAGACUUUGGGCUUGUGUUAAUUAGCUAGGAGAGAAUAAAACCAGCUGAUCGGGAUAGGGGUGGUGCAUUUUGGAGCGAGAUGGCUAACAGAAACAUUCUGUUGCUCUUCUGUGGACUCUUCCUCUUAGCACUGAUUCAGCCAUCUCUUCAAGGAGGUGUGUAUGUACCACCUGGCGCUGGGAUCGGACCAGGAGGCACGGGGCCAGGAACUGGAUUCUUUCCAGGGGCUGCUGGAGGAGUCCCUGCGGGCUAUAAACCAGCUAAAGCUGCAGUAGGAGGCUAUGGAGGUGGAGGCCGUGGUGUGGGACCUGGAGGUCUGGUGCCAGGAGGUGUAGGCCAAGGUGGUUAUGUGCCAGGAGGUGUGGGACCAGGAGGUUAUGUGCCUGGAGGUGUCGGUCAUGGUGGUUUGGGCACUGGAGGUCUUGGAGGAGGACAAGGUGGAAAACCCCCUAAACCAGGUUAUGGCAAUCUAGGAGGUGGUGGCUUGGGAGCCGGAGGCUAUGGAGGUGGUGGUUAUGGUGGAUAUGGUGGAGGCACCGGGGGCUUUUUCCCAGGAGGAAUUGGACAGAAGGCAGCCAAAAGAGGGACUGGAACUGUGCUUGGAGCAGGAGGAGUUCCUGGUGGGGCAGGAACUGGAGCUGCAGUGCCCGCUGGAGUCCCUGUUAUUCCUCAGACGGGCCUUCCAGGAGGGGGUGCUGCUGCAGCUGCUGCAGCUGCAAAGAAAGCUGCUAAAGUGCCAGGUGUGGGUGUGCCUGGACUUUACCAAGGUGGACUAGUGCCAGGGCAAGGGUUUGGCGGGCGUGGAGUGCUGCCUGGAGUGGCCACAGGCACCGACCUGAAUCCCAAAUCAAUUGGAGGAGGAGGACAAGGAGGUCAAGGACCAGGUGCCCGUGGGUAUGGUGGGCCGAUGCAGCCAGGAGUGUUUCACGGAUACCCCCUCAAAUCACCCAAACUGCAAGGUGGCUAUGGAGCAAAACCUGGAGGUGGCAAACUACCUUUUGGAUAUGGCUAUGGUAAUGGUGGAGCUGGACUUCCAGGAGGACUAGGUGGCGCUGGGUCAAAGCCUGGAUAUCCUGUUGGUACAGGAGUGGGGCCGGGGGGCAUCUCACCUGCACAGGCUAAAGCUGCCAAAUAUGGUGUUGGUGGCGUUGGCGGCGUUGGUGGUGUUGGCGGCGUUGGCGGCGUUGGCGGCAUUGGCGGUGUUGGCGGCGUUGGAGGACUGUAUCCAGGGCAGGUGCCAGGAGGACUGGGACCUGGGGGUAUCUCACCUGCUCAGGCUAAAGCUGCCAAAUAUGGUAGCCUCCCACAUUUAUUACCUGUACCAUAUGUUUCUAUCAAGAAAAGCAUGAUGCAAGUUGUGUAA